AUGGUUCGACGCUUCCAACACGGCAUGGAGCCCACUUUCUAUGACGAGAGCUAUCCCCUUAGUGGACCUGUGGAGAACUUGAAGAGACCCCUCACCUUGGACGUGGGGCGGGGCAUCAAGCGGGCCAGGAUCGGCGGAGCGCCGGUCCUCUCCUCACCAGACCUGCAGAUGCUGAAGCUCGGCUCUCCGGAGCUUGAGAAGCUGAUCAUCCAGAACGGUAUGAUCACGACGGCAACUCCUACACCUGGUGCGCCUGUUCUAUUCCCGGCUAGCAUCGCGCCUACAGAGGAACAAGAAAUGUACGCGCGCCCAUUCGUUGAGGCGCUGGACAAGUUACACCACUCGGACCCAACGCCACAGAUCGGACGUGUCGAUCGACGAGUGUACGCUGAUUUGGACAGGCCGCUUGACCGCUACCCUACUCCUAUGGUUAAGGACGAGCCUCAGACUGUUCCAAGUGCUGCAAGUUCACCUCCCAUGUCACCUAUUGACAUGGAUACACAAGAAAGAAUCAAAUUGGAACGCAAACGGCAAAGGAAUCGAGUGGCCGCAUCCAAGUGCAGACGGCGCAAACUGGAGCGCAUCUCCAAGUUGGAGGACAAGGUCAAGAUCCUGAAGGGCGAGAACGCUGAGCUGGCGCAGAUGGUGGUCAAGCUAAAGGAGCACGUGCACCGGCUCAAGGAGCAGGUGCUGGAGCAUGCAAACGGCGGCUGCCACAUCGACUCGCACUUCUGA